GAUGCGCCAGCACAAACACGACGCCCGGUCCUUCGACGCUAUGGCUCUGCCAGCCUCGCACUCUCGAAGGCCUUCAGCGCAACACCAACCGACUCCUGACGUAUCCCAGACCCAACAAACCUUACCGCGGCGCUCACGCAUCAUCGCCGCCCCAAACACACCUUCGCUUCUCCGUCUACCUUCCAACAGCUCGCUCGAGCUACCGCCGACCUUGCUUUCUCCACGCUCGCGACGAGCAACAAACCCCUCCACACCGUCGCUGACACAGGCCUCGGCGUCGUCUACCGCGACCACGUCCCCGUCUUAUUUCUCACCCCAAACUUCAGCGUCCGGCACAGAACCGCGCUCGCCUGGAGCCCGCCGACCACCCGCUUCCCGCAGUGGGCAUGGAACUGACACCUCGCGCGGCCCCCCAAUCACACUUAUAACCCGCGGCAAUUCAGAUAUUGCUCGCCGAGCCUCGCAACCACCACCGCGCGUCGAUUCUACCCUUUCCAAGCAGCAAUCCACCCAGUCGGGCUUGCUGUCCCCAGGCACCGUGGUGCGCGGUUCGGGUCGAGACGACAAGCAGCGCAGGAGCGACCGGGACAACCAGGCCGCGCCUGCCCCCAAACACUCCAAAUCGCAAUCACUUGCUCAAACUGCAAGCAGGCCGGUCUUCUCUCGCCGCAACUCCACGGCAAGUUCGCAACGUCAGGAACACAUGGAUCGCUCUACCGAUAUUUCGUCCGACUACAGCUCGGGCUCGCACAGCCGCUAUGAAUCGAGAUACACCACCAACGGCCGCCGUGCUGCCAGAGAAGCGUAUACCAGUGACGCUGCUCAAGAGGACUUGUUUUUGAAUAUUGCUGCGGACAGUGCGCCGCGGGGAAAUCAGACGGAUGCUGCAGCGCGGACGGAAAGAUUAAAAUCACGCAUUGCUCGCGCAACCAACAGACAGUCCGCCCCGUUGUCCUCGCCUGUUGUCAAGUCGGCUUCCACUACUCCCAAUGGCAACAGUCGCAUUCCCUCCGCGAUUGACACCAAAACAAGCACACCGUAUCGGCGUGCAUCACUCCUUCCGUCAGCUAGAACUCCGCGCGAGCAAACUCCAUUGACGCCAACCGCAUCUUCUGACAUAAGGACUCAAGUGCAGGAUCUCUCCCCCAAGCGGUCUUUCACCACCCAACGAAAGGAUUCCGACCUUUCGCCCAAAGAGUUCCUCGCUCAACUGGAUGGCGACAGACGGCGGCCGUCUUACUCCGAGAACACUCAAACCCCACCCUACCGUGCAAAUGCCUUCCGUCCUUCCAACCUUCACUACUACUCAUCUUCACGCGAUGAUCCCCAAACGCCCUUGGCAACCCCACACCAGGAACCAUCUCCUUCACGAGCCGAUGGUACCGAAUCUCAUGGGUCUACAGGGAAUGCUACAUCUGUCUGGGAUGAGUUGGACGGACUCAAGUCGAGAAUUCGCCGGAUCGAGAUGGGAGGAAAGAUUCCUGCGACAUCUGGCGCAAUCAUCUCUCAAGCUACAGCCGAUCGCCCACGCACCGCCAAUACAUCAGUGACGACAGCCUCAUCUUCUCCCAACCAGCAGCGCAAGCCCAACGUCUCUCCGUCCGAGUCGACUAUUGGUAUCUCCACUUCUGGCAAAAUCCAUCCUCUGUUGGGCGAAGCUUUGGUCAAAGCCAAACAACACACAACUCCUUCCGUAUACCGAGUUCUAGAAGCGACAGCGUCCGAAGCCCUGGCACUGGCGGAAAUGUCUGGAAGCGCAGGGCCACAGGGAACUUUCCAAUCGGCAAGUUCCAUCCUCAAUGGCUCCUCAGUACCGGAUCGUCAGGUUCGACGCAAAGCAGACAACAUUUGUCGCAGUCUGACCGAAUUGUGUAUCGCAUUGUGCGACAACAAGCCGAGCAUCGCGAGUCCAGCCUUCAGAUCUGUCGCUGCUGUGCCGUCACGACGAUCAAGCAUUCAAGUGAAUGACUCGCCAACGAUACGCUCUAGUAUUGAGCCAGAGAGUAAUACUCAGGCGCAAAGAAGUCCCAGUAGUGCUAUGAACCGCAUAGAGGCUCGCAGAGCGAGUAUGAUGGCCGGGGGAGCAUCUGUUCUCGGAAGCCCCAGAGAGUCUAGUCAAGAGCCACCUACUCCUUCUCAACUGCAUAUGUCGUCGCGCGUGGGUCGUGCCGGAACCAGCCUCAAUCGGGCUCGACAGAAUUUUGAGGAGGAAGAGGAAGAGGAAGAUGAUCCGACUCUUCGUGCACCCUCUCGCGCUUUUACCGAUUUCCGCGACAUCCGAUCUGCAGAGAAAAACCGAUAUAGUCGGACGUACACAUCCCGGGAGCCUAUGCCAGACUUGCAACCUUCUGCAAUCCAACCAACUACUUCAUCGCGGCGCCCUACUGUUCCUGGGCUCAAUACCGAGAACCUCCUUCUACGGGAUGGCAGCCGUCGAUUCGGGAUUGAACGCCAGAAUUCACCAGCAUACGAGAAGCAGGUUGCUCGGGAGCUGGCAACCCCUCGUACCCAGUACAGCGCAAACAGGCAUUCGGUUGGAGGAAUCUCUGGUCUCGGUCGUUCCGGGAGCCUAAACCGUAGGUUGCGAGGCAAAAGCGCUGGGGAGUAA